AUGGGGUUUUGGCCUUCUGUUGGAUCAGUGGACUUAUCGGCAUAUAAGCUAGGGUUUGGGGACUUUGUUCAUGCUUUUUUCUCUUUGAUUGUGUUUUCUGUGGUGGCUCUUUUGGAUAAUAACACAGUGCAUUGCUAUUAUCAUUCUUUUGAGUCCACUGACAAGGUUUUACUCUUGGCUUUGCCUCCUGUUCUUGGUGCAAUUUCAAGCUCUAUCUUUGUGAUGUUCUCUAACAAGCGAAAUGGUGUAGGCUACACUCUGACUCCAAGUACAAGCCGGGGUUCAGUUCCAAAGGAGCCUUAA